UGCAUUUGAUUUACUGAGUUCGAGAUGUAAAUAUUUUAUUGAUGCAAAAGAAGACCUUUUACAAAAUUAUAUGUCUGAAAAAUACGUAAUGCGUUGUGUUCCAAUGAAUCAAAUGAUUUUAUCUCCCGUUUUAAACUCUCAUCAGCGUCGAUUUUUCUCAAUCAAUAUGUAAACAGGUUUUCUUGAGAAACCUGCUCUUUUCUCUUUUGAGAAAACAUGGACCCUACGUCAUGGUCAGCUUACAGUCAGCACUUUUCAAGAUUGGGGGCUUCAAUGAACCACCCUCCAGGUGCUCUGUCACAGCAAGCAGAAAUGAACAAUAUUGCAUUAUCAUCUUCCUUACCUCGCCAGGAACACAUUCCUGGCUAUGGGAAUGCUGGGGGACCACAUCACUUUCUCCUUGCAGCAUCUCAUGGCCUGAAUCCCUCUCAGGCCAACCAUAAUGAUCCAUCUUUUAAUGCAAAUCUUUUUGCUGCUAAUUAUGAUGCUAGUCUUUUUUCUACUUCCUUUCCUUCAGCUAAUAAAGGACAUCUUUCUUCAUUUCCCCAAGGAGCUGCAGGAUUAUUCAAAGCUGUAAACAGAGAAAAUGAUUUUAAUGAUCUGCGAACUGGGUUCUCUCAUUGUGGCAUGUCUGCUUAUGGAAGAAACACUGAUGGAAACAAUGGUUUAUCUGGCGCUCCUGGCCUUAGUUCUGGGCAUUUAUUUCCCAACUCUAUGCCACCUGGAUCUUGGAGGCAUUCUGGCAUCAUUCCAUCUCAAUGUGGACCUUUUGGGGUCCUGCCUCAUGAAACUGUUCUACAACGAUCUCAUCUGGUAGGACGAAGUGGUGAGAAAUUGAGUGUUCAAGCCUCUAAACAGUCACGUGCUUCACUGCCCUCCAGCUCUUUUGUGGAACAAGAUCUGAGUCGAGGCUACCGGAGUAUUUUGUCAUCUCCUGCACGGCCUCCAUCAUCAUAUGUGGAUAGUAGCAACACUUCACAUUCCUCUUUGUUAUCAUCACAAAAUGAUCCUUAUUUCUCAUCUGUCAGUGACAAUUAUUAUUCUUCCUGCUCAAAAAAUGAUUUUGCAGCAUACAGCUCAUAUUGCUCCAAUGUGCAACCUGGAGUGCAAAGAAGUUCAAUAUCUCCUUAUUGUUACUCCCAGUCAUUUGGAAAUUUUGAAUCAAAUGUUGACAAACAGGACAUUCCCACAACUAGCACAAACACGAGUGCCAAUUCAAACUUCAGUAAUUUUGUGCCAAAUAACAGUUUGAAUGGCAACCCUACCCACCUUCAUAAUGGCCAAAUCUCCCGUCAGUCUGUCAUAACAAGUAAUAUUAACAAUAAUUCAACUAUAUAUAAUUCAGAAUCUCAUCCUCCUAAUCAUUCUUACAAUGUGAGAGAAUCAUAUCCAUAUCCACCAGGUGCAGCCCAUGCAACUUCCUGCUUACCAACGCAUCCUGCUAAUUCCAGAAGUGAAGCUAGUAGUCAAAGGCAAUCUUUGGCACACAUCAAUAAUAGCAGCCAGCAUUCAUCAAGUAGUCAAAAUCUUUAUCCACCAAUGAGCACUCCUAUACCAGCAUCUACUCCAGCUCAUACUACUCCACCUUCUUCAUCUAUGGGACAAGCAUAUGUACCAACUCCUUUGCCAAUGAGCCAUGAUAGUGGUUGCUCUUCAGUUAACAGUCAGUCAGUCAUGUACCACUCUCCUUCAAAUGAUGGGUGUUAUUCAACUCCAGGAACUUGCCACUCGGAAUCUGGCUCCCCAGCUAAACAAGAUUUGUCUCAGCAUUCAUCCCCAUCUGUUUAUUCUAUAGAGAGCAGUAAUUUAAGCAUCAAUAGUGGAGCAUUUGUAGACAACCAUCAUGUGCGUCCACAUUCUAGUUCAGAAAUCAAUUACAGCUUAAUGAAUGGAGGAUUGGGCUCUGAAGUACAUGAGAACACUAGUGACUCUUCAAAGGUGGUCGAUGAGAAUCUUCGGGAAGUGGGACCCGCACUUAUGGGAAGUGAUUGUCGAUCACAACAGAAGGAUGUUCACUUACCUCAGGUGCUUCCUAUUGAUAUGGUGAAAAUGAAUAAAGAAAAUGUUUACCAAAAUCCAGUAGAUGCACGUUUUGAUGGCAGGCCAUCAGCUGUGCAGGGUCCACAUGUAAAACAUUUAGACCCAAUGAUCUCAUCUAGAUCUGAAUGUGCCAUGAAUAGUAAAAGUGAAGUCUUUCCUUUUUCACCUAAUUCCCCAUCACCAGCUCUUGAUUUUACUGCUAAAGGGCAAAAAUGCAAGCGAAGUCGAAAGCGCAAAUGUGAUUCUAAUGCAAAUCCAUUACCUUUGAAUUGCACUUACUCUCACCUUGAGAAUAAUCAGUCACAAUUAACUUCUCCUGCUUCAACUGCAGAUACAGAAGAGAUUAAGACUCCUCUUUCUAAUAGUUCUGUAAAUAAUUUAUGUAGUCCUUCUGUUGCCAGUGAUCUGCCAACAGUCUCAAAUUCCUCACCCCUCCCAGUUGACCUGUCCCAUUCUGUAAAUGUAAAUGCAAAGAAGCAGGAUUCACCUCCAGAAAAAAAUUUAAAAGACACUUUGCCUGAUUUAAAUUAUGAAACAGACAAAGCUACUGGUGGAAAAUGGUCUUUGGUUAAGCAAGAAGUGUCAGAGCAUGAAGAUAAAUUGUCUGUUGUAGAGAACCCAGAAAACUUAACUGUUGAAAGCAGCAUUGAGAAAGAACAGACCAAAUGUGAAUCCCCAAUAUGUCGAACUCCUCCAAUGGAUGAUUUAUCUGAUGAAUCAAAAAAAUUAUGUAAUAGUAUUGAAGAAGAUCUAGGUUUUCUUGCUGGAUUAUCAUCUGAUCCUGAUGUUGAAGACAGUGUGUCAAAAGGAAGCUUCUCAGAUAAAAAAAGCAAAAAAGACAAAGGAUUUUUACAGUCUUUUCUGACAUUUUUAGAGAGUAGCAAUGAACCAACUGUUAGCAACUCUGGUGUAAAUCUCGAUGCCAAAGCAGAAAAGAAAGAAAGUCCUCAGGGAUCACCUAAACCUGAAGAUAAAAAAGCUGACAUAUCUUCUAUGGAAAAUUCGAAAGAAAGUGAUGCUAAAAAUCUCAUAGAAGAAUCUGAUGAUAAAGACAACUUUGACGAGGCUCCAUCACUUGACCCUACUUUAUUUGGCUGUUCUACUUUGCAGAAAGAAAUGGUGGUUCCAAAUCCUGAAGCACCUUCAUUUUCUUCUGAUGAAGAUGAAAACUCAACUCAGGGGAUAUUUGAUUCUGUGGCUAUGGCUAUUCAGAGGCUUUGUGAAGAUAAUGAAGAAGAUCAUAGUGAAAAAGGGAAUAAAUCUGGAUCAUCAAGUAAAAAUAGCAGUUCCAAGAAAGAAAUAACCACACCUACAAAUAUAUCUGAAGCCACUGGGAGUGCUGAAGAACUACAAGAGAAUGAGGAAGCACAGAAAGAACAAACUGUAGAAGAAUGUACUAUAAAGAGUGCUUGUGUUGUUAAAGGUAGAAGAGGUAAGAGGAGGAGAACUCGUCACUUACUAGUCAUUAAAGUGAAACGCACAGCAGAAAAAUCUCCUGCAUUGCCAAAGAACUCAAAAGCUACUCCUUCAAAUCCUAAAAGAACUAGAAACUCUGCUAAGGAUGUCCAGAUCAUUGGCAGUAAAACUGUUUCAAAUACCCAAAGAAGACCACUGAUGAGGAAGUGUAAAGAGAAAGGAUUACGCAGAAAGAAUUCCAGAACAAUUAAAAGAAGGACAAGGAAUUGCGUAAAAAGGAAGUAUGCUUUUGAAGAAAGUGAAGAAAAUGUAAUUACAGUUACUGAGGAAGAUAAAACAACGAAGGAGGAAGAAGUAACAAAAAUGGAGGAAACAAUUGAUCCUCCACCUCCAUUACCUGAUGUCAUAACUUCAACUUUGACGAGUGUUGCUUCUUCCAAGUCCAUCUCAGCUCUACCAAUACCAGUUGUGAUGCCACCACAGCCUGUGGUACUUUUAUCUAAGCCUACAAAUUUACCUGCUAUUUCAGUCCAACCAACUGCUGUGAAACCUUCAGAACCAGCUACAACUGUGCAACCGGCAAUUCCAGCUGCACCCAAGAAAAAGAAAGUAAAUAAAACAAUUGGUUACCGAACAAGAAAGAGACGCCGGAAACCAAGGAAGUUGUCACAGCCUGUGGUUGUAGCUGUACCUGAGGUUGUCACAAUAGAGCCAGAGUUACCAAAAAUAGUGGAAGAGGCAGCUGCGGUUGUUCAAUCCAGUGAAACUUCUGAGGCAGCAUCUAAGCAACCUGUUAACAAUAGUGAGAGUUGUUGGAAUACUGAAACUCACUUUAAAACUGGAGAUUAUGUGAUAAGUAUUGAUAGCCAAGGUAGUGAAUGCCCUCCUAUUUGGCGAAUUGAAGGCAAGAAUGUCUUACAGUUAUUUGAAGUUCUUGAAGGAGAAGGGAGUACAAAUAUUUUGUAUCGUAAUACCUCAUCGUACUCUCGGUGGAGUCCAUCUUCUAAACAUAAAUACUUAAAACAAGCUGUAAAAAUUAUUAAAUCUGAUGAUGACACUGUGAUAGUAGAAUUGUUAAAAGAUACUGAAAACGUAGUUGAACAAGAUAUUAGUGGUUCCUGUGAUUAUACUGUACAUCCACAAAGAGAAAAUUUUGAAGUUUAUCUACAGACUUUAGUUAGCCAUGCUUUAGAUCCAGAUUUCAUACCAGAAAUUGUUCGAGAAAAAGAUGAGUAUUUCUUGACUCAUUUACAAGCAAUAGAGGAAAUUACAUCUGAGAAGAAAAGCGCGCUUCAUGAAUGUGAGAAAUGGAGCAGUGAACUUUCUGAUUCUGUUAAAAUGUUUCCUCUCGUGAAAGUGAGCAAAAGUGAAGGAAAAGAAAAAAGUUUGUGUCAGGUCUGUCAGAAUGGCAAGAUCCAGUUUGUUGCCCACUUUCAAGGCCAGGUAUAUGACCCUAUGACCCUUGAAAGUAAGGAAGACUCUUCUUCUGCGAGUGAUUUUAAUUUCCCACUGUGUGGGUCUUGUGUACAAACUGUCACUCUUUAUAGUCGCUUGCAUCAUCAUAAAUAUCAUUUCUUUCAGUUGGGCUGCAAAAAGGUUAAAGAUGUUACAAAAGGUGAAGAUAAAGAUUCCCAUACAAUAUUAGAAGAUUGCCUACAAGAUAUUGAGUGGGUGACACAGAUGUUUCAAGACAUGCUUGAGAUGUGGAAUGCUUGUGACAAAUACAGGUGACAACAUGAAUACGCUGUUGUGUUUUAGUUUCCUAACCUUGUCUCCUGUUUCAACACUUCUAGUUUCUUUGUAAAGAAAGUAGGAUAAAUUAUUUAGUCCAACAACUUAGAUCAUUUGUUAAACAUAAAUGCACGUUCAUGGUGUUUUCUUUUCUAUUGUUGAAAUGAUGCCAUCAAACCUCACCAAGGAACCACUUAUCUUUUAUUCUGCUCAUUUUAAGUUCAGUUUAAAUUAUAAAAAUCAAGAUUUUAUUUUGUAAUUAUCACUUAAUUACAUUCUUCUUAAAUUAACCAUUUAAUAAGAAAA